UCCCUCCCCCCCCCGCUCUCCCCGCCCGCUCAAGCAGCUCCCGGCUCCCUCCCCCUCGCAGCGACCGGCCGGGCCGAGGAUGGACUGGGAGUGAUUCCCGGCAGAGCACGAGGACCGGAACCCCAAAAUGAAAGUGGAUCGGACGAAACUGAAGAAAACCCCCACGGAGGCGCCCGCUGACUGCCGGGCCCUCAUCGAGAAGCUGAAAGCUUGCAGUGAUGAGCAGCUGGUGACGGAACUGCAGCAGAUCAAGACAUGGAACAUUGGGAAGUGCGAGCUGUACCACUGGGUGGACCUGCUGGACCGCUUCGACGCGCUGCUGGCCGAGGCGGGCCGGCCGGUGGAGGCCAUGAGCUGGAUGCUGGCCUGCGACCGGCCCGAGCGCCAGCCCCUCAAGGCCCUGCUGCUGGCCCUGCUCAACUUCACGGCCCUGCUCAUCGAGUACAGCUUCUCCCGCCACCUCUACAGCUCCAUCGAGCACCUGACCACGCUGCUGGCCUCCUCGGACAUGCACGUGGUGCUGGCCGUGCUCAACCUGCUCUACGUGUUCAGCAAACGCUCCAACUACAUCACCCGCCUGGGCUCCGAGCGCCGUGGGCCCCUGCUGGCCCGCCUGCAGCACCUGGCCGAGAGCUGGGGUGGAAAGGAGAAUGGAUUUGGGCUGGCUGAGUGCUGUCGGGACUUGCACAUGAUGAAAUACCCCCCCAGUGCCACCACCCUGCACUUUGAGUUCUACGCCGAGCCAGGCGUCGAGGUGAAGGUGGACAAGAGGGCCACCAGCACCACCUUGCACUACAUCCACAUCGAGCAGCUGGACAAGAUUUCAGAGAGCCCCUCGGAGAUCAUGGAGUCCCUGACCAAGAUGUACAGCAUCCCCAAGGACAAACAGAUGCUGCUGUUCACCCACAUCCGCCUGGCCCACGGCUUCUCCAACCACAAGAAGCGGCUGCAGGCGGUGCAGGCGCGGCUCCACGCCAUCUCCAUCCUGGUGUACUCCAACGCGCUGCAGGAGUCGGCCAACAGCAUCCUGUACAACGGGCUGAUCGAGGAGCUGGUGGACGUGCUGCAGAUCACCGACAAGCAGCUGAUGGACAUCAAGGCAGCCUCCCUGCGGACGCUGACGUCCAUCGUGCACCUGGAGCGCACGCCGAAGCUCAGCAGCAUCAUCGACUGCACCGGCACCGCCUCCUACCACGGCUUCCUGCCCGUGCUGGUGCGCAACUGCAUCCAGGCCAUGAUCGACCCUUCCAUGGAGCCCUACCCCCACCAGUUCGCCACGGCGCUCUUCUCCUUCCUGUACCACCUGGCCAGCUACGACGCGGGCGGCGAGGCGCUGGUGUCGUGCGGCAUGAUGGAGGCGCUGCUCAAGGUGAUCAAGUUCCUGGGGGACGAGCAGGACCAGAUCACGUUCGUCACACGGGCGGUGCGGGUGGUGGAUCUCAUCACCAACCUGGACAUGGCCGCCUUCCAGUCGCACAGCGGGCUGUCCAUCUUCAUCUACCGCCUCGAGCACGAGGUGGACCUGUGCCGUCGCGAGUGUCCCUUUGUCAUCAAGCCCAAAGUGCAGCGCCCGCCUGCUGCCACCCUGCCCGAGGGCGAGGACAUGGAGACGGACAUGGAGGUGACCGAUGUGGCCAUGGAGAGCAGCCCCGGCCCCUCGGCCGAGGCCCGGCCAGACCCGGUGCCACCAGCCCCGCCAGCCGUGCCCAGCACCAGCGCUGCCACCCCCUCCCCGCGCGGCGGCGUGCAGUGCAUCCCCCAGCGCGCCGCUUUGCUCAAAUCCAUGCUGAACUUCCUCAAAAAAGCCAUCCAAGACCCCGCCUUCUCCGACGGCAUCCGGCACGUGAUGGACGGCUCGCUGCCCACCUCGCUGAAGCACAUCAUCAGCAACGCCGAGUACUAUGGCCCCUCGCUGUUCCUGCUGGCGACCGAGGUGGUGACGGUCUUCGUGUUCCAGGAGCCCUCGCUGCUGUCCUCGCUGCAGGACAACGGCCUCACCGACGUCAUGCUGCACGCUCUGCUCAUCAAGGACGUGAGUGGGGCUCACCUGUGCUGGGCUGCACCUGUCACCUCAUUUCUGCUCCCCUCAAAACCUGCUCUGCACCCCCAAAACCUGUUCUGCCCCCCCAAAACACUCUCUGUCCCCCCAGGCGACACAGCCUCCAACCUGGGCAGCGCCGUGGACGAGCUGAUGCGGCACCAGCCCACGCUCAAGACCGACGCCACCACCGCCAUCAUCAAGCUGCUGGAGGAGAUCUGCAGCCUGGGCCGGGACCCCAAGUACAUCUGCCAGAAGCCGUCGAUGCAGAAGGCGGACGGGACGGCGGCCGCGCCGCCCCCGCGCUCGCCCCACGCCGCCGAGGAGGCCUCGAGCGAGGAUGAGGAGGAGGAGGAGGUGCAGGCCAUGCAGAGCUUCGGGGCUGCCCAGCAGAGCGAGGCAGAGCCCAGCCAGACCGUGGUGGGCACGGAGGAGCGCAUCCCCAUCCCGCUCAUGGACUACAUCCUCAACGUGAUGAAGUUCGUGGAGUCCAUCCUGAGCAACAACACCACGGACGAUCACUGCCAGGAGUUCGUGGCCCAGCGGGGGCUGCGGCCGCUCGUCACCAUCCUGGGGCUGCCCAACCUGCCCGUGGACUUCCCCACCUCUGCAGCCUGCCAGGCCGUGGCUGGGGUCUGCAAAUCCAUCCUGAGUCUCUCCCCCGAGCCCAAGGUGCUCCAGGAGGAGGGCGAGGCGGAGGGCCCAGGCCCCACGGGGGGCGUGGGCAGUGACCCCCCCCCAGCCCAGGGGCUGCUGGAGGGGAUGGGGCUGGAGGGGGAGCCCCUGGCCCCCAUGGAGACGGACGAGCCGAGCGCCAGCGACCCCAAAGCCAAGGCCAAGAUCACCCCAGCCAUGGCCGCCCGCAUCAAACAGAUCAAACCCCUGCUCUCUGCCUCGUCGCGGCUGGGCCGGGCGCUGGCCGAGCUCUUCGGGCUGCUGGUCAAGCUGUGCGUGGGCUCCCCGGUGCGGCAGCGCCGCAGCCACCACGCGGCCGCCGCCGCCCCCGCGCCCACCGCGGCCGCCCGCGCCACGGCCUCGGCGCUGACCCGCCUGCUGACCAAGGGGCUGAGCUGGCAGCCGCCCCCCUACACCCCCACGCCGCGCUUCCGGCUGACAUUCUUCAUCUGCUCGGUGGGGUUCACGUCGCCCAUGCUGUUCGACGAGCGCAAGUUCCCCUAUCACCUCAUGCUGCAGAAAUUCCUCUGCUCCGGCGGCCACAACGCCCUCUUCGAGACCUUUAACUGGGCGCUGUCCAUGGGGGGCAAGGUGCCGGUGGGGGAGGGUCUGGAGCACCCCGACCUGCCGGACGGCACCGGCGAGUUCCUGGACGCGUGGCUGAUGCUGGUGGAGAAGAUGGUGAACCCCAGCACGGUGCUGGAGUCCCCCCACGCGCUGCCUGCCAAGGCCCCCCCACACGGACACCCCCCCUUCAGCGCCCUGCGCUUCCUCGUGGUCACCCAGAAGAAUGUUUCGGUGGCAGGGUUCCUGGAGGGUUUUGGGGUGUUUUUGAGGGGUGGUUCUCAGAGGUUUUCAGGGGUUUUGGGGGUUCUGGUGGAUUUUGGGGUGUUCUGGGGGGGAUUUUGGGGUGCUCUGGGGGUCGCCGCAGCCCCUGACGCUGCCCCCCAGGACCUGAGCAUGUCGGAGGAGGAUCAGAUGAUGAGAGCCAUCGCCAUGUCCCUGGGCCAGGACAUCCCCAUGGAGCAGCGUGCCGAGUCCCCCGAGGAGGCCGCGUGCCGCAAGGAGGAGGAGGAGCGGCGGGCGCGGGAGCGGCAGGAGGAGGAGGAGGCCAAGUGCCUGGAGAAGUUCGAGGGGGCCGAGCCGCUGGAGGCGGCCGAGCUCGGCGCCUUCACGGACUCGAUGCUGCCCGGCUGCUCGCAGCUGCUGGACGAGCUGCCGGACACCGUGUACCGCGUCUGCGACCUGCUGAUGACGGCCGUGCGCCGCAACGGCCCGGCCUACCGGGACAGCGUGCUCAAGCAGGUGGUGCAGCAGGUGUGGGAGGCGGCCGAUGUCCUGAUCAAGGCGGCCGUGCCGCUGACCACCAGCGACACCAAGACGGUGUCGGAGUGGAUCAGCCAAAUGGCCACCCUGCCCCAGGCCUCCAACCUGGCCACGCGCAUCCUGCUGCUCACCCUGCUCUUCGAGGAGCUGAAGCUGCCCUGUGCCCGUGUGGUGGAGUCCAGCUGCGUGCUGGACGUGCUGAUCAAGCUGCUGGAGGUGGUGCAGCCCUGCCUGCAGGCUGCCAAGGAGCACAAGGAGGUGCAGACCCCCAAGUGGAUCACCCCUGUGCUGCUGCUGAUUGAUUUCUACGAGAAGACGGCCGUGUCCUCCAAGCGCCGGGCGCAGAUGAACAAGUACCUGCAGGCCACUGGGAACAACUGGCGCUGGUUCGACGACCGCUCGGGCCGCUGGUGCAGCUACAGCGCCAGCAACAACAGCACCAUCGACGCGGCGUGGCGCGCCGGAGAGCCCAGCGUGCGCUUCACGGCCGGCCGGCGGCGCUACACCGUGCAGUUCACCACCAUGGUGCAGGUGAACGAGGAGACCGGGAACCGGCGCCCGGUGAUGCUGACGCUGCUGAGACCCCCCCGGGCCGGGAAGGGCCGCGACGAGGGGGGGACCGAGGACCCCGAGGGGAAGGGCAAGGACGAGACCCCCGCUCCAGACCCCCCUUCUACAGAGGAAGACCCCCCCUCCACCCCUACCACCACCACCACCACCACCACCACCACCACCAGCAGCACCGCCGCCGCCCCCUGCCCAUCCCCUCCGUGCCCCACGCCGACCCCCGAGGAGCCGCGGGAGGAGGCGGACGCCGAGGCUCCGGUGCGGGGCCUGGCGGAGGAGGCGGUGCCGGCCGUGCUGCGGGCGUGCGUCAGCAUGCUGGGGGUACCCGUGGACCCCGACACGCUGCACGCCACGCUGCGCCUGUGCCUGCGCCUGACGCGGCAGCACAAGCACGCGCUGCUCUUCGCCGAGCUGCGCUCCACCCGCACCAUCCUGGCGCUGACGCAGAGCUCCGGCUUCACCGGCUUCACGCCGCUCGUCACCCUGCUCUUCCGGCACAUCAUCGAGGACCCCUGCACGCUGCGGCACACCAUGGAGAAGCCUCAGAGCAGGGGGCCCAGCAGUCUCUCAGACAGAAUGGUGGUCCCAGAGGUGCCUCCACAUCCCAAAAACCAGAGUCCCACCUCAUCCUCAUCCCCACCACCCUCUGACGACGAGUUCGAGAACCUGCGGAUCAAGGGGCCCAACGCGGUGCAGCUGGUGAAGACCACGCCGGCCAAGGCGGCCGCGCUGCCGCCCAUCCCCGAGCCCAUCCGCGACGUCAUCUACGACAUGCUCAACGCCCUGGCCGCCUACCACGCCCCCGACGAGGGUGACAAGGGGGACCCCAAGAGCGCGGCGCCCAGCGAGGUGAGCCAGCUGCUGUCGGACAUCGGGGACGACAUGUACCAGCAGUACCGCAGCCUGACCCGCCCGCCCGCCGACUUCGACCCCCCCGCCGGCUUCGCCAUCAACGCCCAGGUUUUUGCUGCUGAUGGAGCCACGGCCGAGACACCGCCCUCGGGAACCCCCCAGGGAGAAGCGUCCAGCCCCGAGGAGGGCCGCGAGGGCCGCAAGGAGAAGGAGGGGGAGCGUGGCGAGGAGCGGGGCCGGGCGCGGGGCUCCAAGCCCCUGAUGCCCACCUCGACCAUCCUGCGGCUGCUGGCCGAGCUGGUGCGCUCCUACGUGGGCAUCGCCGCCCUGAUCGCCAACUACAGCUACAGCGUGGGGCAGUCCGAGCUCAUCAAGGAGGACUGCAGCGUGCUGGCCUUUGUCCUGGACCACCUGCUGCCCCACCAGCAGAACGCCGAGGACAAGGACACGCCGGCGCUGGCGCGGCUCUUCCUGGCCAGCCUGGCCGCGGCCGGCAGCGGCACCGAUGCCCAGGUGGCCCUGGUCAACGAGGUCAAGGCCGCCCUCGGCCGCGCCCUGGCCAUGGCCGAGAGCACCGAGAAACACGCCAGGCUCCAGGCCGUCAUGUGCAUCAUCAGCACCAUCAUGGAGUCGUGCCCGUCCACCUCGAGCUUCUACAGCAGCGCGGCCAAGCCGCCCCACAACGGCAUGAACAACAUCAUCCGCCUGUUCCUCAAGAAGGGGUUGGUCAACGACCUGGCCCGCGUGCCCCACAGCCUCGACCUGUCCAGCCCCAACAUGGCCAACACGGUGAACGCGGCGCUGAAACCGCUGGAGACGCUGUCGCGCAUCGUGAACCAGCCCAGCGGGCUCUUCGGGGCCAAGGGCUCCUCCAGCAAGAGCAAGGCCGAGGGCAACGGCGGCGCCCGCGAGGCGGGGGCCGCACCCCCCGACGGAGGGGACCCCGGGGACCCCGAGCCCCCCGAGGAGGACGCGGAGGCGGCGCAGGCCGAGGCGGCCGACGGGGACAUGGACGGCGAGGCCGAGGGGGACACGGUGGUGCUGGCCGGGCAGCCCGAGGGGCUCACCACCCAGGAGAUGCAGGUGGAGAACGAGCUGGAGGAUCUCAUUGACGAGCUGCUGGAGCGGGACGGCGCCGACGGCAACAGCACCAUCAUCGUGAGCCGCUCGGCCGAGGACGAGUCGCAGGAGGACGUCCUGAUGGACGAGGCUCCGUCCAACCUCAGCCAGGCCUCCACGCUGCAGGCCAACCGCGAAGAUUCCAUGAACAUCCUGGACCCCGAGGAUGAGGAGGAGCACACGCAGGAGGAGGACAGCAGCGGCAGCAACGAGGAUGAGGAUGACAGCCAGGACGAGGAGGAGGAGGAGGAAGAAGAGGAUGAGGAUGAUCAGGACGAUGAGGAGGGUGAGGAAGGUGAGGAGGAGGAGGAUGACGAUGAUGGCUCGGAGAUGGAGCUGGACGAGGAUUACCCCGACAUGAACGCCUCGCCCCUCGUGCGCUUCGAGCGCUUUGACCGCGACGACGACCUCAUCAUCGAGUUCGACAACAUGUUCUCCAGCCCCACUGACAUCCCGCCGUCCCCCGGGAACAUCCCUGCCAGCCACCCUCUGCUGGUGCGGCACGCGGAGCACGGGGGGCUGGGGCUGGGGGCCGGCCCGGGGGGCGCCCGCCUGGCCCAGGGGCUGGGCCGGAGCCAGCGCACGCUGCGGCAGCUCACGGCCAACGCCGGCCACACCAUCCACGUCCACUACCCGGGGGCACGGCAGCCGAACCCCCCCCUGAUCCUGCAGCGCCCCCGAUUUGCCCCCCCAGUGGUCAAGGUGCCCAUCCUGGCCCGGCUGGAGGCGCUGCGGGACGAGGAGCUGGACGAGCGGCGCGAGAAGCGCCGGCGCCAGGCGGCCGAGGACGAGGCCAAAGGCGCCGAGCGCGGCCCCGAGGACAAGGACGGGGCGGAGACCCAGGACGCGGCGUCCAAAGCCGGCCCCGCUUCGGCCGACGUCACCCCCCCAGGAGCCCCCCAAAUCCCCGCUCGCCCCCCUCAGCCCCCCGAACACGAAGAGGGGGGUCCUGGACGACCCCCCCAAGACGCCGAAGCCACUCAGAUGGAGCUGUCACCCGCCCCCACCAUCACGUCGCUGUCCCCAGAGCGGGCGGAGGACUCGGACGCGCUGACGGCCGUGAGCAGCCAGCUGGAGGGGUCCCCCAUGGACACCUCCAGUUUGGCCUCCUGCACCCUGGAAGAAUCGGGGGGGGCUCCCCCUGCUCCCACAGCCCCCCAAAGCCCCCCUGGAACCCCCCAGGGACCCCCUCCCGCCCCCCCCGACACCGCUCAGCCUCCGGACGAUAGCUCCCCCCCGGCCUCAUCCUCGGAGAGUUCGUCCACCCGGGACUCGGCCGGGGCCAUUUCCGGGGCCGACUCGCGGGGGAUCCUGGAGGAGCCGCUGCCGUCCACCAGCAGCGAGGAGGAGGAUCCGCUGGCCGGGAUCAGCCUCCCCGAGGGCGUGGACCCGUCGUUCCUGGCGGCGCUGCCGGACGACAUCCGUCGGGAGGUGCUGCAGAACCAGCUGGGGAUCCGCCCGCCCGCGCGGGCGCCGCCCGCCGCCAGCCCCGCGCCGCCCGUGGUGGCCAACCCCGGCCUCACCGAGGUCAGCCCCGAGUUCCUGGCGGCGCUGCCCCCGGCCAUCCAGGAGGAGGUGCUGGCGCAGCAGCGGGCGGAGCAGCAGCGGCGGGAGCUGGCUCAGGCCACGGGCUCGGACGCGCCCAUGGACCCGGUGACGUUCAUCCAGACGCUGCCGUCCGAGCUGCGGCGCUCGGUGCUGGAGGACAUGGAGGACUCGGUGCUGGCCGUGAUGCCGCCGGACAUCGCGGCCGAGGCGCAGGCGCUGCGGCGCGAGCAGGAGGCGCGGCAGCGGCAGCUCAUGCACGAGCGCCUCUUCGGCCACUCCAGCACCUCGGCGCUCUCGGCCAUCCUGCGCAGUCCUGCGUUCACCAGCCGGCUCAGCGGGAACCGCGGCGUUCAGUACACGCGGCUGGCGGUGCAGAGGGGUGGCACCUUCCACAUGGGGGGCACCGGCACCCACAGCAGGCCGGCGGGCAGCAGCGUGGACAGCCUGCUGCGCCUGCGCGGGCGGCUGCUGCUGGACCACGAGGCUCUGUCCUGCCUGCUGGUGCUGCUCUUCGUGGACGAGCCCAAGCUGAACACGAGCCGCCUGCACCGCGUCCUGCGCAACCUCUGCUACCACGCUCCCACGCGGGGCUGGGUGGUCCGCAGCCUGCUGUCCAUCCUGCAGCGCAGCAGCGAGAGCGAGCUGUGCCUCGAGACCCCCCGCGGGACCCCCGCGCCGGGCGCCGAGGAGCGGCCGCGCGGCCGCGCCGGCGGCAGCCGCGCCGGGCCCGGCUCGGCCGCGGAGCCGCGCGGGCUGGACCUGCUGCACCGCAUGGAGUCGCGCAGCUCCGGGCAGCUCUCCUGGCUCUCCGUGUCCAUGGACGCCGCCCUGGGCUGCAGGACCAACAUCUUCCAGAUCCAGCGCGUGCCUGGCCGCAAGCACACCGAGAAGCACGCGGCGGCCGCCGGCUCCGCCGUGCACAUCCACCCCCAGGCCGCGCCCGUGGUGUGCCGGCACGUGCUGGACACCCUCAUCCAGCUGGCCAAGGUCUUCCCCAGCCACUUCACCCAACAACGAGGCCGAGACCCCGCCGCCGACCCGGAGCGCGACCGCGGCCCCCCCAAAUCCGGGGGCAGCCCUUGCCCUCCCCCACCCCCCCUGCCCCCCCAGUCCCAAUCCGGCUCGCUGUCCACCGAUUUUUGGGACCUGCUGGUCAAGCUGGACAACAUGAACGUGAGCCGGAAGGGGAAGGGGUCAGCGCGGGCGGGGGGCGGCGGGGGCGGCCCCGAGCCCGAGGCGGCCGGGGGGGGCCUGGAGGCGUCGCCGCUGGGGCAGCUGAUGAACAUGCUGUCCCACGGCGUCAUCCGCCGCAGCCCCCUCCUCACCGAGAAGCUGCUGCGCCUCCUCUCCCUCAUCUCCAUCGCCCUCCCCGAGGGGGGCAAGGCCGGCGAGGGGGGGGCAGCGCCCCAAAACGGAGCCCCCGCACCCCCCGCGCCCGCCCCGCCCGCGGGAGGGGGUGGGACGGGGACGGGGGCGGCCGCAGCGCCCGGGAGCCCCCCGGGACAGGGGGGCAACGGAGGAGGAGGAGGAGGAGGAGGAGGAGGAGGAGCGGCCACGGCUGGAGGAGCAGCGGCCCCUGCCAAGAGCUCCAAGUCCCCUGCCAAGGUCCCCGAGGGUGGCCCCGACCCCCGGCUGGCGGCCACGGGCCUGACCGAGAGCCAGCUCCAACUCUCCGUGGAGGUGCUGACGUCGCACUCGUGCUCGGAGGAGGGGCUGGAGGACGCGGCCAAUGUCCUGCUGCAGCUGUCGCGGGGGGACGCGGGGACAAGGGACACGGUGCUGCGGCUGCUGCUCAGCGGGGCCCGGCAGCUGGGGGGGUCCCUGUGCCGCCAGAUCGGGACGUUGCUGGCCGAGCUCCGUGAGUACAACCUGGAGCAGCAGCGGCGGGCGCAGCUCGAGGCGCCGUCCCCCGAGGGGCUCCCCGAGGAGCAGCCCCCCAGCGCCAAGCUCAAGGGCAAAAUGCAGAGCCGCUUCGACACGGCCGAGAGCGUGGUCAUCGUGGCCUCUCAGAAGCGCGCUCUGGGCGGCCGGGAGCUGCAGCUGCCCUCCAUGUCCGUGCUGACCUCCAAGACGUCCACGCAGCGCUUCUUCCUGCGCGUGCUGCAGGUCAUCAUCCAGCUGCGCGACGACACGCGCCGGGCGCACCGCAAGGCCAAGCAGCCCGGCCGGCUGGGCGCCGCGGGGCUGGGGGCGGCCGGCAGCAUCCAGGCCGCCGUCCGGCAGCUGGAGGCCGAGGCCGACGCCAUCAUACAAAUGGUACGUGAGGGCCAGAGGGCCCGGAGGCGGCAGCAGGGAGACACGUCGGAGGCCGGGCCCGCGGACGCCGUCCCCCGGCGCGAGGAGUCGCCCAUGGACGUGGACCAGCCCUCGCCCGCCCCGCAGGACGUGGGCCCCGAGGCGGCGCAGGGCGGGGACCGGGACCGGGACCGGGACCGGGAGGAGCGGCCCCCGGAGCUGCCCCUGCUGAGCGAGCAGCUGAGCCUGGACGAGCUGUGGGACAUGCUGGGAGAGUGCCUCAAGGAGCUCGAGGAGUCCCACGACCAGCACGCCGUGCUCGUGCUGCAGCCGGCCGUCGAGGCGUUUUUCCUGGUGCACGCCACGGAGCGCGAGAGCCGCCCGCCGGUGCGGGACACGCGGGAGAGCCAGCUGGCACACAUCAAGGACGAGCCGCCGCCGCUGUCCCCCGCGCCCCUCACCCCCGCCACCCCCUCCGCCCUGGACCCCUUCUUCUCCCGGGAGCCCUCGGCCAUGCACAUCUCGGCCAGCCUGCCCCCGGACACGCAGAAAUUCCUGCGCUUCGCCGAGACCCACCGGACGGUGCUGAACCAGAUCCUGCGGCAGUCCACCACGCACCUGGCCGACGGCCCCUUCGCCGUGCUGGUCGACUACAUCCGCGUGCUGGACUUCGACGUCAAGCGCAAGUAUUUCAGGCAGGAGCUGGAGCGCCUGGACGAGGGGCUGCGCAAGGAGGACAUGGCCGUGCACGUCCGGCGCGACCACGUCUUCGAGGACUCGUACCGGGAGCUGCACCGCAAAUCCCCCGAGGAGAUGAAGAACCGCCUCCAUUUCUGGGGCGCUGCCCCCCGUUUUUGGCCCCCCAGGUACACGGACAUGGAGAGCGAGGACUAUCACUUCUACCAGGGCCUCGUGUACCUGCUGGAGAACGACGUCUCCACGCUGGGCUACGACCUCACCUUCAGCACCGAGGUGCAGGAAUUUGGGGUGUGUGAGGUGCGGGACCUGAAGCCCAACGGGGCCAACGUGCUGGUGACGGAGGAGAACAAGAAGGAGUACGUGCACCUCGUGUGCCAGAUGCGCAUGACCGGCGCCAUCCGGAAGCAGCUGGCGGCGUUCCUGGAAGGGUUCUACGAGAUCAUCCCCAAGCGCCUCAUCUCCAUCUUCACGGAGCAGGAGCUGGAGCUGCUCAUCUCGGGGCUGCCCACCAUCGACAUCGACGACCUCAAGGCCAACACCGAGUACCACAAGUACCAGGGCAACUCCAUCCAGAUCCAGUGGUUCUGGCGCGCCCUGCGCUCCUUCGACCAGGCCGACCGCGCCAAGUUCCUGCAGUUCGUGACGGGCACGUCCAAGGUGCCCCUGCAGGGAUUCGCCGCCCUCGAGGGCAUGAACGGCAUCCAGAAAUUCCAGAUCCACCGCGACGACCGCUCCACCGACCGGCUGCCCUCGGCCCACACCUGCUUCAACCAGCUGGACCUGCCGGCCUACGAGAGCUACGAGAAGCUGCGGCACAUGCUGCUGCUGGCCAUCCAGGAGUGCUCCGAGGGCUUCGGGCUGGCCUAGGGGGGCCGCGCCGGCCCCCCCGCUGGGGCUCUAUAAAUAUAUAUAUAUUUUUUGGUUCCAUUGGC